UUCCAUAUCAAAAACUACACUUUGUUUUUGGUUUGUGAGACAUUUGACCAGCUUGUACGUUGCUUUUGCUUAGCCAUGAAGAGAAUGAGAGAAGAUGAAGUAGGGUUCGUCGGGAUGAAGGGUUUGGACAUGGAAAAGUUCCUCAUGCUACUCUCAUGUGACAUGGAGACCAAGUUCAGAAAGUAUUCAUCUCCAAACGAUGUGUUUGAGUGCAAAACUUGCAACCGAAAAUUCCCAUCGUUCCAAGCUCUUGGUGGCCACAGAGCAAGCCACAAUAGGCCGAGAACAUCAAUGGAUCAUGAUCAAAAAAGUGAGACCAGAAAAGGAAGCAAUUUGAUGGCAACGAAGAACAAGCCGAAAGCGCACGAGUGCUCCAUUUGUGGCCUAGAGUUUGGCAUGGGACAGGCUUUGGGUGGCCAUAUGAGGAGGCACAGAGCUUCCAACAUGAACCUGGGAUUUUCUUCUAAAGUUCCUGAUGAGGUUGUUGUCGCUUCGAAGAUUCCGGUGCUGAGAAGGUCGAGUAGCAAGAGGAUUAUGUGCUUGGAGAUGGACUUGAACUUGACGCCAUUGGAGAAUGACUUGAAGUUAUUGUUCGGGGUGAUGGCUCCAAAAGUUGACGCUUUUGUUUCAUAAUUUUUUAUGCACAUGUCAUACCAUUGUAUUCUUUUUAUUAUUCUUUCGUUAAUUUAUAUCAUGUACAAUGUUAUUAAUUUAAUUAAUAGAUACGAUUCUUUUUAAUUACU